AUGGGCCACCAAGACGUACUCGCAGUGAGGGGCAAGACAAAUGGAGAGGCGAAGCCAUUUGGACCUGAAUGGAAAAAAGAGUUUCUUUUCGAUCCAGCAUGGCACAACUUGAACCACGGAUCAUUCGGCACAUAUCCCCACCACAUCCGUGACAAGCUUCGUGCAUAUCAAGACCAGGCAGAGUCCCGGCCAGAUCAGUUCAUCCUAUUCGAUCAGCCUAAGCUUCUCGAUGCGGCUCGUGAAGAAGUCGCCAAACUGAUCAAUGCUCCCCUCGACACUGUAGUCUUUGUCGGCAACGCCACAGAUGGUGUCAACACCGUCCUCCGCAACCUGACCUGGGCCGAGGACGGCAACGAUGUCAUCCUCAGCUUUUCAACAGUAUACGAAGCAUGCGGCAAGGCAGCCGACUACCUCGUCGAGUAUUUCAACGGAAAGCUAGAGCAUCGAGGCAUCGAGCUCACCUAUCCCCUCGAAGACUCCGAAAUUAUCGACAAGUUUCGCAAAGCCGUCAGCAAGGUCCAAGCCGAUGGCAAGCGCGCAAAAGUCUGCAUCUUCGAUGUUGUCACCUCCCGACCCGGCGUGGUCUUCCCCUGGAUCGAGAUGAUCAAAGUGUGCAAAGAGCUCGGGGUAACCAGCCUCGUGGACGGAGCACAAGGAAUCGGCAUGCUGCCGCUUGAUCUCACGGCCGCCGACCCAGACUACUUCGUGUCAAACUGCCACAAGUGGUUGCACGUUCCCCGAGGCUGCGCCGUCUUCUACACGCCCGUCAGGAAUCAGCACGUUCUGCGCACCACGCUCGCCACCAGCCAUGGCUUCAUUCCGAAACUAGUGCAGCGGACUACGCCGUUGCCGCCGAGCGCGAAGAGCGCCUACGUCAAUAGUUUUGAGUUUGUGGGCACGAGGGACAACGGGCCGUAUCUCUGUGUGAAGGACAGCAUUGCGUGGCGACGAGAUGUUUGCGGCGGCGAGGACAAGAUUAUUUCGUAUCUGUGGGAUCUGAACAAGAAGGGGAUAAAGCUCGUGGCUGAUGCUCUGGGUACGACGUAUCUUGAUAAUAGUAAGGGAACGAUGACGAACUGCGCGAUGGGGAACGUUGCCUUGCCGGUUUGGGUGGGCGAACGGGGAGAAGGGGCCAAGGAGACGGAUGUUGUUGUUGCGAGGGAGGAUAAGGACGUGGUGUUUCAGUGGAUGGCGCAGACGUUGGUGAGCGAUUACAAGACGUUUUUGUCGAGGUUUUUUAUUGGUGAUAGGUUUUGGGUGCGGAUUAGUGCGCAGAUUUAUUUAGAUUUGCAGGAUUAUGAGGCUGCGGGUAAGAUUUUGAAGGAGUUGUGUGAGAGGAUUGGCAAGAGUGAGUAUUUGAAGGCGUGA